GACCUGGAUGUUCGCUGGGCGGCCGCGGGAUGGCGAGACGCCCGACGAGUACUGCAGCCGCGCCGCUGGCCGCCGCGGAGACGGAGAGGGUGGCCUGAGCGCUCGAGCGCUCGCCGCGAAUUUCAACGCGUCGGUGUGCGAAAGCGCCUAUGGAGAGUUCCCGGACUGGCCCUCGCCGGGCCCCUGCACUGUGGGCUCGGACUUCGGGUUGCAGGAGCGCGAUCAUGGGAUGCGAGCCUUCCAGUGCGUUGGGGAGCAUGACCAGGUUGACCUCCCAAACUUGGCGGGGGUGGAGGUCGCUCUUCGCCGAUGCCAGCUGAUCGAGUACCACUGCGAGAAGAAGAACAAAGCCAGCUCCCGCAAGGACCAAGGCGCGUGGCAGACGAGGAAGGAGGCGUCCUACUGCACGGACUCCCACAGGCUCGGCGGCGAGGUGAUGAUCUGUCCCGAGCUGGUGGAGUGCGUGUCCAAGGAAAUUGAGAAGGACGCCGGCGCGGCCAAGCAGAUGCGCAAGGCGAGGAAGGAGGCGCGCCUCUCGCGCAAAGACGGCUGA